AUGGAACGUAUCGUAAAUCAGUCGGGGAUGAAGAGGGAAUUGAAACGUGGUGUGCGGCGUCGGGUCGGCGGCGGGUCGGCGGCGGAGCGAGCUGGCGGGCGCGUGCGCGGCGCGAGCGGGGCGCGCGGGGGCGGGGCGCGGCGCAGCCUCCCAGCUGCUGCACUCCGCCGCCGCCCGCCGCCCGCAUCGAUCCCGCCCGGGCCGCAGCCUCCGGCGAGCCGGGACCCGACGCGCGCGUCCCGAACGCGCGCCGCACGCGACCUCCACGCGUACCGCACGACGCCCGCACGCCGCGCGCCCGCCGCGCUCGCCAGCUGCACGCCCCAAGGUCCACAUACCCCUGCAUCUCAUCUCGCGCCCACAACAAUAACAGUAAUCGCCAAUGUUGCAGGUUAUAAUCGUGGCUUACGUAACGUUUGA